AUGGCAAGAAAUAUUGAUAGGAUCAGCGAUUUACCGGACAUCAUCAGGCUACAAAUUCUUUGCCUUCUCCCUCGUAAGUUUGCUGCAAGGACUAGUGCUCUCUCUUGGCGAUGGAGAGAUCUAUGGAGAUAUCGCCGGCCUUAUGAAACAUCCCUCAUCUUCGAUGAAGAAUUCAGGGGGGAACUAACUCCUGAGGAAUUCUCACGCACGGUUGAUCAAGUUCUGAAACAAAGAGGUAAGAAGAAGGUUGAGAUUUUUCACAUUUUCUUUUAUCCAGGCACUCGGUAUCAGUCCAACACGGUAAGUUGGAUUGAAUAUGCAAUCAGUAACGAAGUUGAAGAACUCUAUCUGGACUUCUGUCAAGGAUUUAAACAAGAAGGAACUUUUCAGAUACCAAACGGUUUGCUGCAAGGUGACUCGCUAACUGUUCUCAAUUUGAAGUACUGCAAAUUUGAUCAACCUGUAGGCUUCAGAAGGCUCAAGUUUCUGGAAACAGUAAGCCUGAAAUAUGUAGAUGCCACUGAUGACAUGGUCUUAGAUGUCAUUUCCAACUGCCCAUUCCUGGAGAGAUUGGAUCUUAGGCAGUGCUUCGAGCUAAGGUCGAUCAAAGUCUCUGGUUCAAAUCUGAGGCUCAAGAGUUUGGUAGUUGUUAACUGCUGGAAACUCGAUGAAAUUGAAAUAUUUGCACCAAAUCUCCGUUCGUUCCACUUCAAUGGUGUGUUUCUGAAGAGCUAUGUCUUCGGAGAAAUUUCUUUGCUCUCAGAUGCUAUGAUGAGCUCAUUGGGUCGGGAGCCUGAAAGUUUUCAAGCAAAUUGGGUUCGAAUCAUCGAGGACCUGGCUCACGUCAAGGUUCUAACUCUCUGUAGCAGAGCUCUUGAGGUAAUCAUCUGA